UAUGAAAUCUCCUUAGAGAUCUGUCUCCAUCUUUAGCCUCCUUACCAAUCAUUUAUGCAGAGCUGGUGAAUGGGAAGAAUGUAGGAAAGGUGAAGAAGGCCAUGAGAGAGCGAGGAUCAGAAAGCCAAGAACAUAACAGUUUGGGUUGAAAUCAAACAGAAGACUCAUGUUUUUCCCCCCCUCAGCCAAUGACAUGUUCUCUCACCCACAGAUAAAGAGAUACAGGAUGUUCAUGAGUUGGAAGAGCAAAUGGAGAAACAAGGGUAAUAAACCUGACUCAAGUUGUGCCCUGCACAAUUGGUGGGGGAUUGAGGAAGUCAGGUAGAGUCCCUAAAGUAUCACAGUGACGCAUUUGCCAUUGCGUUGCACUGAUUAGCACCCCAAAAGGGUCACCCAUAUUGUGCUGAAGAACACCCUUACGAGCUUGUAACGGAUGCCCGCUGCCAUCAAGAUAAUCUCCAAGAUUGUAAAACCGCGAAUCACAGUCAGGGGAUUCACGUAGAUUCAUCAUUUUCUCAAGAUGGAAUCUUGCUCUUUGGUAAGGACUAUGGUAAUUUGUUUUGUUUCAUAACAAAUCAAAUUUCAUCAAUUUUACUUACAAAGAGAAAGGCGUAGUUAAACCCUGACAAAGAUUUAAGUCUCCAUUGACAACAUAUACCCUUGGUUAUUAAUAUAAUACCAAUUUUUCUACACUACUGGUCAGGAGAAAACAUAAUUUAUUCCUUCCCAGCAAGAAAAAGAAAUCCUUGACAGAGUUUGCUUCCACUGUCAUAUCACACAUUUUUCUAUUUUUAUUUGUAUAACUUUUUAUACCAAUGAUAUCAUAAUCAAGACAAUCUUAUUCACUAGUUUCUAACAAGGAUUUACACAAUGAUCCCAGGAUGAAACUUCCACUUCAAUGUCAAGAAUUGUAAGUCGUCAACAGGGUAGACCAAAAACAACAGUCUCAUCGACUGAAUUUGUCUGCAAAUUUUCUUAGGAGUUUCAUUUCUAGGGUUCGAGACUUUAUUUUGGGGUGAUGGAGAGAGCCUAUAAAUAUGGCGAGAAAUUGAGGGUUUGGGGACACGAAAGCAAGUGAGCUUUAGAAACCAAGAGUGGGAGCGAGAGUUCGGAAAGAGAAGUGUGAAAUUCAAGCAGUGGGGUGAGUGUGAGACGUAGAGGUUUGGUAGAAACGCUUUUUUUUUUGAAGACGACGAACACACUGCAGAUAGGAAUGCAGAUGAUUCUGGAGUUGUGUAAUUGACGAGAGAGGGGCUAGCAUUCGGAAGCAUAAAGAAUUAUUAAAGAUUUAGUUUGAGAAAUAAAUUUUUAUAAAUGUACUUGACAGCUUUAUUUGAAACUUGAGGUGUGGAUAUGUACAUUGGAAUAAAUUAAUUUUAUUUUUAAAUUUUCAACGUGACCUUUACGAAAAAUUAGACUUUGAUACUUAAGUGACUCUCAAAGUUGGACGUUACACAAACACCAAUGAGGCAGCACAAGCAGGUUUCAGCCCUUAACCGACGACCCACCAUCCUUUAUAUGGUGUGCGCGGCUGCAUUGUUCUCCUUCCUCCUCUUCUAAAUCCAAUCCUCUUUUUAUUUCGCAUGUUCAGGGUCCCUUUCUUCGGCUCGCAAAUCCAAAAUUAUCCGCAUCUUAUCUAACUUUCAGUCCAGUGUUCAGCAAUGUGUGGAUAAGAGGGGGCUAGGACUCACUGCUCAUAUAAUUGACCAUUGCAAUUUGAUCCUUAAAUACCCUGAAGGUACCAACAGCUCUUGGUACAACGCACAGUUUAAGCACUUUGAGCCGUUGGAGUACAAAUAUGAUGUGUGUGAGGCAAUCCUGUUGUGGGAACAGUAUCGGAACAUGACAACUGUGUUGACCAGAGAGUAUCUUGAUUCUCGACCUGGUGGUUGGAUGGAUUACGCUCCACAAAGGAUAGCACAGUUGGGGACAAAGAAGUGCACCAACAAGACUCUUUGUGAAGAGAACCUCAAUGUGUUAUUACCUGCAAAGCCCCCAUUUCACCCACGGCAGUUCCGAACUUGUGCUGUUGUUGGUAAUUCUGGGGACCUUCUGAAGACUACAUUCGGGAAAGAAAUUGACAGCCAUGAUGCUGUUAUUCGGGACAAUGAGGCCCCUGUUAAUGAGGAAUAUGCCAAAUAUGUUGGUCUUAAGAGGGAUUUCCGUCUAGUUGUCAGAGGUGCUGCGCGUAACAUGGUCCCUAUUCUAAAAGGAUCUGACACUGAGGUUCUCAUAAUCAAAAGUCUGACACACAGAGAAAUCAAUGCAGUUAUAAAGACCAUACCCAAACCAGUCUAUCUCUUCCAAGGAAUUGUACUACGUCGAGGUGCCAAAGGAACUGGAAUGAAAUCUAUUGAGUUAGCGCUCUCCAUGUGUGAUAUCAUUGAUAUAUAUGGAUUCACUGUUGAUCCAGGAUACACUGAAUGGACAAGAUACUUCUCUAAGCCUAGAAAGGGACACAAUCCACUUCAAGGAAGAGCGUAUUACCAACUUCUAGAAUGUCUUGGGGUAAUCAGGAUUCACUCGCCCAUGAGAUCUAAGAGGAGGGAAGACUGGUCAGAUAUACCUAGUAGAGAAAUGAUAAGGCAAGCACAUGCAGCAGCUUUGCGUUUGAAAAGGAAUGAAGACGAUCAUGGAGGUGAUUUAGGGCAGUUUGGCAAUUGUAAGGUGUGGGGCAAUGUGGAUCCAGAGAACAGUGGACCUGUAUCAGGAUCACCAGACAUGAGUGAUGUCAGGAAAUAUUCAAAUUAUAGUAAAUGGGAAGUGAUACCUUUUGAGAGUUUGAGGAGGGAAGCACAGGAUCAUUAUAACCAGAUGCAAGGGGUCUCUCUAUAUAAAAUGGACGGCAAUAGGUUGGAUGAUCUAGUUUGUGUGAGACAUUCCUCAAAAUCUGAUGCGUAAGUGGUGCCUUUGCUUUCUAUUGAUAUUAUUUGAUCGUGCCCAACCUUCUAUAGAAUCUUGGAUGAAGUUACUUUCUCUGAGGGCUGCUGACAUUACUUCCCAACAGCGUUCUGUUUCUUCACUUAUUGCAGCCAGAGCGUAGCACCAAUCUCAACUCCAAGUGAAAAAAUGGAGUGAAUAUGCAUAAUUCCACCAAUCCUGGUGAUUCAUGUUAGAAAUCACACUACAGGAAUUCUGACCCCAGAAGUUUGUUGUACCAUUUUUUUUUUCAGUUCUGGAAUGGACAGUCCUUAGUCCGUGGCAUGAUAGGUAUCUAACUUCUAUAAUGUAAUAAUUGUCUAAAGAAGUAUCUGCAAAAAAAGAAACAUUUUUUUUAUGAUGAUGGAUAAAGAAAAAGAUAGUGAGCUGUUUUGUUUUA